AGAAAGCGGAAGUGCGUAAUUUGACGAGAUUGAACGAGAUUUUAGCUACUGGAGAUAAACAAAUCCACGUGGUAACGGUAAAUAGAUAACAGGAUGGCAUUUUCCAUCCUAUAUUGGUUGAAUUACGUGUCUGGAACCAAAAAACUUCAUCAAAAGUCCGAGUUAGCGGUAAAAGCAGACCAUGUACUAAAGUUUAUGUUCGAUCCCGAACUUAAUUACGCCCAGGGAAGAGUUCACGCCAGUAUGAGAGACAGAAGUUACCACGUCAGUGUCACAUUAGGGGAUAAUCACACAGUUUCUGACAGCAUAUGUGAUUGUGUGAACGGGCAGGAUAAAUGUCACCACAAGGCAUCUCUCCUUUUAUAUGGCUAUAAGAAUGUUAGCAAGACGGAUGUGAGGGCUUCUUGGAUCCAGCAUCCUAAGAAAGCACCACCAAAGAAAACAACCACUAUGGAUGAGCUUUUUCCACCUUCACAAAAAGUGGCCAAUUACAGGUAUUCUUAAGAAUAUGAAGAAAGUAAACAAAUUAUCUUAAAGUAUCAUAUUUUAU